AUGUCUGAAACGCCUGAAGAUUCGGCGCCUCUUCUCCCCUCACGCAAGGGGAAUGAAAAAAGAUUUGAAGAAAAUCUUUUUGCCUCUAUUCAGGAUGCACGAGCCUUGAAAUUGACUGUCAUCCCGGACACCUAUUUGAAUGUCCCCCCUAGCCCUGUUACCCAUCCUGGGGAACAGAUUUUUGUCACCGAAAGGCAUGGGAUCAUGUUGCGAUUGUUGAAUAUCUCUUCUCGCCGUCCGGACUUGUUUGUUCGUUUUUAUGGGUGGUAUGAAAAUAGACCUGGAGGAGAUGUAUUUUUUGCCAUGGAGUACUUCAAAGACCGUGACCUCGCGAGAUACAAGGCUGUAGAUUGUGGAGGUCAUCCCAUGGAGCAAGGGCUUGUGAUCAAUCUGACCAGGAAACUCCUAAAAGGUCUUGUGUAUCUUCACAAAGAAGGCCUUGCUAACUUUAAUUUGAGACCAGAGCACAUACUCAUCUCAAACAAAAAAUCCCUAUCUGUCAGGAUUGCCAACUUCGGAAUAUCCAUAUCCAGGCCGGUCUUGGGACAAGUAGAGUAUCAUAACAGAUACAAAGCGCCAGAGGUGAUUGGAAUUCUACCUGCUGCAAUUACCCCUGCCGUGGAUAUGUGGUCCUUGGGCUGUAUUGUGCAUGAGAUGUUGGCUCAUCAUUCACCAUUUGUGGUCGUGCCAAAAGACUUCAAGGAAGAGUUUGACUGUUUCUCCGAUUCGGUGUUCGCGCCCUCCGGGGAUUGGAAUGAUUCCCCUAAUGUUCGAGAUCUUCGUCCAGACCUUUGCAGUGGCAUUAUCAAAUUCGAAUAUCGAGCCCUGCAAGAAAUUGGGUACGAUGUUACCUGUAGGGCUGUUUCCUUUCUUAGAAGACUCUUUGUUAUCGAUCCAGCGCAGCGAGCUUCUGCAGCGGAAGCCCUGAACGACCUAUGGGUAUUUUCCGACCGCGAACUUCGUGGUCAAUUGCAGCAAAUUGGAGUUGACAUUGAUCCCCUGCACGUCGCAGCAUUCUUGGCCAGUUAUGACAAAGAAGACUACAUCCAAAACGGUAACGGUCUUAUCAGUGCUCUAUUGGCUGAGAAGAUGACGCAGGAUAUCGGAAGCCUGGUGUUCAGGAGCGUUACCAUGGGCUUCAUAGUACUCACAGAUAUGUUAUUGGAUGUUUACCGUGAGUCGCAAAUGUCUGGGGGUCUUCACAGACCUGUUCUUGAGUACUUCCGGGUUAAUCCCAGAUUGCCCGGAAACGUUGAGCAUUCCAUCCAGUUCCAGUCAUUCUUGCAAAGAGCAGCCGGUCGUGGGAAUCUCGCGAUGGUGAAACUUCUUCUUAAGAGAGGCGUAAGUAAAGUCAAUGAACCCCAUGUGCAAAGCUUUCAUCAGGAAAGGGUCAACCAAAUUGGUCGUACUGCAUUGCAGGCAGCGGCCGAAAAUGGACACCUCGAGGUAGUAAGAUAUCUUAUCAAGAACGGUGCCGAUGUAAUCAAUGAUACACCCUGCAUCAAGAGUGGCCGCACAGCACUACAGGCAGCAGUGGAGAAUGGUCACCUUUCAGUGGCCAGGGUGUUGUUGGAAAAUGGCGCUGAUGUAAACGCCCCACCAGCCGAGUACAACGGCCAGACUGCGUUGAACGCUGCAAGGAUCAGACGUGAUGAGCAGUUGUACAAAAUUUUGCUGGAGCAUGGAGCUGAGGACCACAGCACUGGUCUGGGCGGCCCAGAGUGGUACGAGGAGGAGUUGGGAGAGGCUGCGUAUACUGCCGGCUUAUUGGAUUAA